ACAGGGGCACAAUUUCCCGGCAUUGAAUUUUGGCGGACUUUCACAAUCGUAGUCACUGUCACGAAACAAAUGCAGCAGAAGCAGAAUUAUCUCUAAUCAUUUUCAUUCACAAAAAGCCCUAAACACUCCAUUACCCUAAUGCCUCCAUUUCGAACCCUUAUCCCUCUUCGCUCCUUCAUCCAGAGGAGCGGCAUUUUCUCUCGUAGCUACAACGCUGUCCACUCCACGGAGGCACAUCUUUUGAAAUUAGAAGAAGAUAGUCAAAAUUCACUUCUUGAUGGUGAUGAAUUAGCCAAAAUUCGAACCGAGUUCGAUGCAGCCAAACACAGUUUUAUCAAGAUUCCUGAUGCCCUUAAAGGAAUGCCCAAAAUGAAUCCUGAAGGGAUUUAUGUUAAUAAGAAUGUGAGGUUGGAUACUAUACAAGUUUAUGGAUUUGAUUACGACUACACUUUGGCACAUUACUCUCCUAAUUUACAGAAUUUGAUAUAUGAUCUUGCUAAGGAGCAUAUGGUCAAUGAGUUUAGGUACCCUGAAAUAUGUAUGACUUUUAAAUAUGAUCCGACUUUUCCCAUUAGAGGACUCUACUAUGACAAGAAAAAUGGUUGUCUUUUGAAGUUGGAUUUCUUUGGGUCAAUUGAGCUUGAUGGAUGUUACUACGGGCGGCGUAAGCUUAGUUUGAAGGAAAUAGAACAGAUAUAUGGUACACGACACAUUGGUCGUGACCAAGCACGUGGGCUUGUUGGCUUGAUGGAUUUUUUUUGCUUUAGUGAGGCAUGCCUCAUUGCAGAUAUUGUGCAGCAUUUUGUUGAUGCUAAGCUGGAAUUUGAUGCAUCAUACAUCUAUCAAGAUGUAAAUCGUGCAAUCCAGCAUGUUCACCGCAGUGGUUUGGUUCACAGAGGGAUUCUUUUUGAUCCUCAUAAGUAUCUCGUAAAAAAUGGCCAAUUGCUCCACUUUCUUAGGACUCUGAAAGAGAAGGGGAAGAAGCUUUUUUUAUUGACUAACUCUCCUUAUUAUUUUGUGGAUGGAGGCAUGCAUUUCCUGUCGGAGGAUUCUCUGGGUUGUAGAGACUCAUGGAGGGAACUUUUUGAUGUUGUGAUUGCUCAAGCCAAUAAGCCAGAGUUCUAUACAUCUGAGCAUCCGUUCCGCUGCUAUGACACAGAGAAGGACACCCUAGCUUUUACGAAGGUUGAUGAGUUUCUUCCUAAUAAAAUUUAUUACCAUGGAUGCCUCAAAUCUUUUCUCCAAAUUACCAAGUGGAAUGGUCCAGAGGUGAUAUACUUUGGUGAUCACCUGUUUAGUGAUCUGAGGGGGCCUUCAAAGGCUGGUUGGCGCACUGCUGCUAUCAUCCAUGAACUAGAAAGUGAAAUACGUAUACAAAAUGAUGACGGUUAUCGAUUUGAGCAGGCAAAAUUUCAUAUCAUACAAGAACUGCUUGGAAAAUUGCAUUCCACUGUAGCUGAUGCUAAUAGAAGUGAAUCAUACCGCUUGCUGUUUAAGGAGCUAAAUGAGGAGAGGCAGAAGGCACGCCAGGUCAUGAAGAGAAUGUUUAACGAGUCUUUUGGAGCCACUUUUCUCACUGACACAGGUCAGGAAUCUGCUUUUGCCUACCACAUUCACCAAUAUGCUGAUGUCUAUACCAGUAAGCCUGAGAACUUCUUGCUCUACCCACCCGAAGCAUGGCUCCAUGCGCCCUAUGAUAUCAAGAUAAUGCCACAUCACUUAAAGGUUCCAGCGAGCUUGUUCAAGAAUCAAUAAAUUAUAAACUUCAUAUGAUAUUUUUUGGACCAAUGUUGCCAAAUCUUCCGCACGGGUCUCAUAAUUAUGAUGCAACUGAGAGUUGGUCACUCAAUGAUGUUUCAGCAAUAAGGAGGAGAAUGCUUCGUAUGCUUUCAUCUGCGAGUCCUAGCCUUUUCUCUUUUUAUAUACGUAUAAUCUUAUUAUUCUUACCGAAUUUUGAUGCUUCAGGGCAUGUUCUUUUGUCUAGUAGAAAUUUUAGUUAGAUUAGAAUGUGACUAGACAACUUCUAAAAAUGAACAAGAUCAUCGCAAUGGGCAUAUUAUUUUUAUUA